AUGGACGAGACACCAGAGCCUCUGGCCAUGACCGUCCACCUCCUGGCCAACUCUGGGCACGGCUCGCUUCUGCAGCAAACUCUCGACCGGCUCCUGGACUGCGUGUGCCCAGACGUCCGUCCCUUUCUGGUGUCAGAGCGGGUCCGGCCAGCGAAAUACUACGACAGGGGCCACUCCAAGCGCUCACGGUUCCCGGGGAUGUCUGUUUUGCUCUUCCUGCACGAGAGCCUCGGGGAGGAGCGGCUGUUCCGGGUCCUCGACUCCCUCCGGCGCUGGCCCUGGCAGUGCUACCCGGCCCCCAACGCUCCGGGGCGACCGUGUCCCUACGUUCUCGCCAAGCAGGAGUUCUACAGCCUGGACAGCCAGAUGCCCGUCUGGGGAGUGAGGCAGGUGCACUGUGGGGCCGAGAUCCUGCGAGUGACACUCUACUGCAGUUUUGACAACUACGAGGAUGCCAUCAGACUCUACGAGCUGAUCCUGCAGAAGGACGCCACCUUGCAGAAGAGCAACUUCUGUUUCUUUGUGCUCUAUGCCACCGAGAGCUUUGCUCUGCAGCUGUCCCUGAAGCAGCUGCCCCUCGGGAUGUCAGUGGACCCCAAAGAGUCUUCAGUGCUGCAGUUUAAGGUCCAAGAGAUUGGCCAGUUAGUGCCUCUUCUACCCCAUCCGUGCGUCCCCAUCAGCCGCACCAGGUGGCAAACACAGGACUAUGACGGCAACCAGAUUCUGCUUCAGGUCCAACUGAAUCCAGGACUUGGUGUGAGGAAUGGCGAGCUUUCCUUUCUGAACGGCACCUCGGGAGCUAACACGCUUCCCCAGGGCUCCAGGCUGAUCCCUGUCUCCACAAGGAGGACCCUAGAGCCCAGAGGCCGAAGAAGCCGGGCCAGGAGGAUCAAGGUGGGCUCUCCGGAGUGCCCAGCGCCCGGCGGAUGCCCAGCGUCAGACAGCUAUAGUGGUACUUUGUGGAAAAACCCUGGUUGCCCAUCCCAGGACCGCAGCGCAGCCACGGGUGCCCGGAUGCAUCUGCCUUCUCCCCACCUUCAGCCUGGGGCCACAGCAAAGGUCCUCAGCGCGGAAAACAGCUUUGAGAAGCUGGAGGCAGAAACUAAUGUUGACACAGGGCGCACCACGGUCAACUGUGAACCCAGGCAAUCUGUUCUGAGCAAAUUUCCAAGGGAUCUCCAGGCCAGCCAGCCACCAUCCUGCUUGCCAGACUCAUCCUUAGGGGCAACUGCCUCCAAGAACAAUAAAAUCUCUAAGGAAAGGAUCCAUGGUUUGUCCCUUGCUGGCCAGAGGGAUCUUGGUGCAAGGAAGACGGUGUCAAAAUGUCUCCUUCACCUGCCAGUCCAGGGUGAAGAAAAAGAAGAAGAAGAAUUCUUUAUAUAG